AUGGCUCCUGAUCGAGGUUACCGCGACGAUGACGACGAAAACGAUAACCGUGCUGUCGUUGGGCCCAGCACUACACAUGCACACGACACCAACACUGGGAAUGCCCUCGGGCAAGGGCCCGUUAUCCACGGUCACAGCUUUACUCUUCGCGGCAUCCUGGUGGGACUUUUGGUCGGCCUGGUCAUCUGCUUCUCCAACAUGUAUUUUGGCCUCCAAACAGGAUGGGUGAGCUCCAUGACUAUGCCGGCCAGUCUGAUGGGCUUCGGCAUUUUCAAAGCGCUUUCUCGCCACCUGCGAUUUCCCUUCAGUCCUGUCGAGAACGUGCUCGUUCAGACCGUGGCAGGAAGCAUGGCCAUCAUGCCGCUUGGCUGCGGGUUCGUUGGUGUGAUUCCUGCAAUGAACUACCUCCUAGCCCCCCAGGAGCAGGGGCCCCUCAACAUUCCUCUUUGGAAGCUUGUUCUCUGGUCACUGGGCCUCUGCUACUUUGGCGUUGUCUUUGCUGUCCCUCUCCGACGGCAGGUUAUCAUCCGUGAGAAGUUGCGUUUCCCCAGCGGUUUCAGCACUGCAGUGCUCAUUGGGGUUCUUCAUGGUCAGACACGCAGAGCUGGUCCUGACGCCGUGUCGGGCGGCUUCGCGAGUUUGGUUCCUGACCAAGAUGCCAAAUCGGACCCGGCGCCAGAGUCCGGUCAUGGCCGCACUGCAAGCAUCGCGGAUCCCGAGAACGCCAGAAUCAAUGAUCCGGAAAGCGGAUCUCCAGACGAUUGGGCGCGAAACAUGAGGCUGCUGCUUGUAUGCUUCGGGGUCUCGGGGUUCUACACGUUGUGCUCGUACUUCGUACCGGCUCUGCGGAACAUCCCCAUCUUCGGUACCAAGGCUGCCGGUGUUUGGUUGUGGACCUUGAAUCCGAGCCCAGCAUACAUUGGCCAGGGCAUCAUUAUGGGUCCCGAAACGACUUUGCACAUGCUCCUUGGCGCCAUCAUCGGAUGGGGAGUGCUGUCCCCCUUGGCCAAGUACCAGGGAUGGGCGCCAGGCUCUAUCGACGACUGGGAGACUGGUAGUAAGGGCUGGAUUGUAUGGAUUUCUCUCGCCAUCAUGCUUUCCGACGCCAUCGUCAGCCUUGGCUACAUCGCCUUCCGACCCCUAGCACGCCGGGUUGGCAAUGAAGGAUUCAAGGGGCUUUGGCAACAAGUUAUGGACCAAGGGCAGCGAUACCUGGGCACUCGACGCCGUUCGAGUCACGGUUACUCGGCCCUGAACACGGACGAAGACGGAGAAGCAACCAGCACCUCCAGACUUUUGCCUGGGGCAGCACAAAGGCCGGCCACUAUUCGCAGAGCGUCGGUGUCGACGAACAACGACCCUCGGGUAGAGGAGGCAGACGCGCCAUUGGAGCAGCAAAUCAGCAACAAGCUUGUGUUAGUCGGCCUCAUCUUGUCUAUACUGCUGUGCAUCACGACCAUCCACAUCGUCUUUGGUGACCUUGUCCCGCUUUACGCGACAAUCGUCGCUGUUCUCAUGGCGCUUCUGCUCAGCAUCAUGGGCGUCCGAGCACUUGGCGAGACAGACCUUAACCCCGUGUCUGGGAUUAGCAAACUUGCACAGCUCUUCUUUGCUCUCAUCAUUCCUCAGUCGCACCAGUCGAGUGUGUUGAUCAACCUGGUGGCAGGCGCCGUGGGUGCCCUACAAGCGGGUGAUCUUAUGCAAGAUCUCAAGACGGGCCAUCUCCUCGGGGCCGCACCUAAAGCCCAAUUCUGGGGCCAGGUCAUCGGAGCAACAGCAGGCGCCAUUGUCAGUGCCUUUGUGUACCAGUUAUACACAGCGGUCUACACUAUUCCUGGUGAUCUUUUCCAGGUCCCUACUGGAUAUGUGUGGAUAUUCACAGCCAGGCUGGUCACGGGUAAGGGCUUGCCACCUAUGGCUCGAGAGUGGGCUCUUGGGUUUGGCAUAAUCUUCGCCAUGACGACUAUUGCCAGAACAUUGGCGGCCGGUAAGGUGUGGCGGUCGUUGGUGCCAGGAGGCAUUGCUGUGGCGGUUGGAAUGUACAACGUACCAUCCUUCACUUUGGCGAGGACGGUUGGUGGUAUGCUCAGCUGGUAUUGGAUCACAAGCCGAGGCCAGUCGAGCACGCCGUUGAUUGUAUUAGCUUCAGGAUUCAUCCUUGGCGAGGGGUUUCUCAGUAUCGUCAACCUCAUCCUGCAGAGCAUCGGCGUGCCACACUACUAG